AUGUUCAAACAUGAGGUCAGCCAGCCUCAGCUGUUGCUCUACCAGGCAGAGAAAGUUCUGGAGUCCAACGCCUGUGAAACCAUCGAAGCUGUUGGGAGACUUCUCUUUCGUCACUACCAGCACUUGCCGGCCAGUGCACGGCAGAUGGCCGAAGGUCUUGAGAAGCGCCUGCGCGACUGCGGAGGAGCAGCCUUGGAGGCAGCGGCGGUGUUGCUGUUGGCCCGGGACGGUUCGAAGGCACAAGAAGCAGUCCAGCUCAUGGCAGCUUCGAAGGCCCAGAGCACAGCGUUGCGCUUGACGCUGGCGCGACACAGCAACGGGGACAAAAAUGCCGUUGCCGGAUUGGUGGCCAGUGCCAAGCAGGAGCUAAGCAGCUCGAAAGAUGGUCACAGGAUCGACGCCCGCUUGCUGUCAAUGUUUGGCUUCCUGGCCGCCGUGUCGGGACAGGAGUCGGAACUGGCCAUGUCGGCGCUGGCUGCUGCGCAGAGUGGUCAGGGACGUGGGGCCUUGGAGGCCACUCUUUAUUCCGCCAGCAUGAAGGGUCUCAUACCCUUCCCGCUGUGCCAGAAGAUUUUCCUCUUGGAAAGGGAUUUGCUCUUCCAGCCUUCUAGCUGCUUGCACAGGUUGGAGCUGGCCGUUCUUUUGCAGCAGGGCGCGAAAGCUCUCCAGGAGCCCAGCUUCGCAGCCUCCAUGGCGUUCUUGGCGCAGCUUCCGCUGGACUGUCCCGGCUUAGCCUCGGAGCUGUUCGGCAUGGGCGUGGCAUGGCUGGAAUCUCCUAAUGCCAAAGCUGGCAUCAAGGGCCUUGCCGGAGAUCUCCAUGCGGUCAGUGCCAUACGCAAAGGAAUUCGCGCGGCAAACUACGCCUUGUCGACCCGUGGAAAUUCUUCGAACAGAACUCACCACGAGGAGGUGGCGCGCGCUGCAAAGAUCAUCGCUGCGUUGCCCAAAUUGCCACGGCGCUGUGGCAAAAAGUCCAGUCCACCACCACUGCUGCGGGCACCACAAGAAGAUCCUUGGGGAUGCCCAGAGGCAGUGGUGCAGACCACGUUUUUAACCGACAUUUGA